GCAUGACGAUAAACACGCUGCAGCAGGGCGCGAGCUGCCGGGGACAGCUGUCCUGCCUGAGCAAGAUGGAGCGAGUUAUUGUGUCCAUGCAGGAUCCUGACAUGGGAAUGAAAAUGAGGAAUCAAAGGCUUCUUAUUACCGUCAUUCCUCAUGCAAUGACAGGAAAUGAUAUUAUAGAGUGGCUCGUUCAAAAGUAUUCCAUCACAGAGGAAGAGGCAUUACAUAUGGGUAAUUUGAUUGUGAGACAUGGUUACAUUUAUCCACUGAAGGACCCCAGGACACUCAUCCUGAAACCUGAUGAAACAUUGUACCGCUUUCAGACUCCAUAUUUCUGGACCAACACAAAAUGGCCUGCUUCAGACUUGGACUAUGCCAUCUAUCUGGCUAAGAAGAACAUCCGAAAACAAGGAGAGCUCAUCGAUUAUGAAAAGCAAAAUUACAAUCACCUCCACAAACGGAUUAACCACACUUGGGACUUUGUGCUAAUGCAGGCCAGGGAACAGCUCAGGGCAGCCAAGCAAAGGAGAAGGGCCGACCGCAUUGUGCUGGAGUGCCAAGAGCAGGCGUACUGGCUUGUCAACAGACCUCCUCCAGGGGCAUUUGAUAUCCUGGAAUAUGGUCCACAACGAAGAAACAGCCACAUCUUACGAGUACGGCUGGUCAAAAAGAAUAGUGAAUACUACAAAAAAGAGAUAGAACACAAAACAAAGGCACUAGGAAGAACACGAGUUAAGUCAUCUGUCUGCUUGGAAAGCUUUGUAAAGUAUUGUGAGCAGUAUCAGCUGCAUGACCCAAUCAUGCGAGGAUGCCGUCCCAGCAAUCCCUGGAUAACUGACGAUACCAUGUACUGGUCUAUGAAUUCAGAUAUGGUGAGCGUUCCAGCAAAGCUGCGGGUGGAACGCUGGAGCUUUUCCUUCACGGAGCUCCUCAGUGACACCCUGGGAAGACGUGAAUUCAUGCAGUACCUAGAGAAGGAGUUCAGCGCGGAAAAUCUCUGUUUCUGGGAAGCAUGUGAGGAUAUCCGACAUGGCGAAAACUCAAAAAUCACACAGAAGGUGAACGAUGUCCACACGCAAUUCCUUGCACCAGGAGCCAGUAGGUGGGUCAACAUUGACAGUAAGACCAUGGAAAAGACCCUGCAAGGUAUCAAGAACCCACAUCGCUUUGUCUUGGAUGAUGCACAGAUGCAUAUUUACUUCCUGAUGAAAAAAGACUCAUAUCCAAGGUAUUUAAAAUCAGACCUCUACAAGAAUAUGCUGGCCAAAGCAAUAGUGCCACAGGAAACCAAAAAAAGCGUCUUCCCCUUCAUGAGACGCCAGCGACGCUCUAGUCCUAGCCCUGCCCUUGUACCCUAGGCUUCAUCAGAGGAUCAUGGGAAAUCAAAGGCAACAUCUGCUGGAACAUCUCAGGUGUGGCCACCACUAA